UGGGGAAGAGACACCUGGAUGCCUAACUUAAAGAGAAAGCGUCAAGAUGAACCCUUUCCUCGUCUCAAGGCAACAGCUGUAACAAAAAGGCCAAACAAAGCAGAAGCAGCUAAACUUCCAGUUCCACCCAAGCUGCAACCAACCUUCACAGAAUCUUCCCACCAUCCCACCUGUGACCCUUCAGUUCCCUCAUCACAAGAUUUACCUGAAGAUGUUGAAGAGCCUCCCAGACCAUCCCCAAUGGCAGCAACAGAAUAUUCAAAUGCAGAGAGACAACCAUGGACAAGGCGUCCACAAGAUUUUUCAGUGCCAAAAGACCUCAAAGAAACACUGCAGGUGCUGCUGCAGAAAGUAGACACCCUGGCGGCCUCCCAGAGGGAAAUUCUACUUUUACUGCGGAGGAACCAGGGUCGUCAAAGGGAGGAUGAUAUCUUGGACCUCAAGACAGCUCAGUGCAUGGAGGAAUUGGAGGACCUUGAGAACCACCUUAAGGACCCUGAAUUUAGAAAGAAAGUGACACACCAUCUCAGCCUUAUUAGUGGGGCCAGUCCAGGGGAGUGUGUAAGGAGGGUAAUGCGCGCAGUAGCCACUAACAAUGUAUGGAGCCACUACAGCCUGCAUGGGAAGCGAAAGAAGCUGGCUCUAAUUAAUAAAACAAUAUGUAAAGUUAUCACACAUGCCGUCAUGAAAUGGAAAGCUGGUCUUGGGGAGAAGGAGAUAGAAAGUUUAAUAGCAGAGACUCUUAAACAUGCGCCGGCGCACAUAAAUAAAAGUGUCGAGGGACAUGUAGAGGAGUGGACGGAGGAGUAG